UGCAAGGACGGUUAUUAGCUGCACAUCGCUCUUGAUUUCCCCGCUGCAGACAGAAGAGCGAUAUUCAUGUUCCCAGAGCGCAUUGUAAAAUGCAUGAGAUUUCUACUCAUCUCACCGGGAAGUCAAGGGUAGGAAAAAUGAGAACGCCUUGCAUCUGAAGCCUUGAAUAGAAGAACAUGCAAGGAUCUGCAGAAAUGUACCUUUGUUCUUACUUUCGGUCACUCUGACUAUGGAUUAGGAAGGACUGUCUUCCUCCCUCUCUCUUUUUCUUCUCUCUCUCUCUCCUAAAAAUUUUUUUUUAUUGCAAUUUUAUUUUUGCAAUAGGCCUUUUUCCAUGAUGGCAUUCUCAUAUUCUCUGGCUCGCACAGAAGCGGCUGUCUUUGGUCGCUGAUCUCUCUCAGCCGUGUGGCCCAAGGCUAUGCUGAGGUUUCUCUUUCGCUGGUACUGUUGCAGCUCAAACGAGGAAUGUUCAGAGGAUGACAAGUGUAUUCUGAGUAGUAUCGUGGUGACCAACAUGCCAUUGAAAUGGAAAACGAGUUCUCCUGCUAUCUGGAAAUUCCCAGUUCCUGUGCUUAAAACAUCCAGGUCGUCGCCACUUUCUCCAGCAUACAUAUCUCUGGUUGAAGAGGAGGACCCUCACAUGAAAGUAUCUCUUGGGAGCAGCGAUAUGGGUGUGUCUGCCCAUCUGCAGUCUUCCAAGGCAGGAACCACGAGAUUUUUCACCAGCAAUACUCAUAGUUCAGUGGUACUACAGGGUUUCGACCAGCUUCGAAUAGAAGGUCUGCUUUGCGAUGUGACACUUGUGCCAGGCGAUGGGGAUGAAGUGUUUCCUGUUCACAGGGCGAUGAUGGCAUCGGCUAGCGAUUACUUCAAAGCCAUGUUCACAGGUGGGAUGAAAGAACAAGACUUAAUGUGCAUUAAACUCCACGGUGUGAACAAAAUAGGUUUAAAGAAGAUCAUAGAUUUUAUUUAUACUGCAAAACUUUCUCUCAACAUGGACAACCUCCAGGACACUUUAGAAGCUGCCAGCUUUUUACAGAUCUUGCCAGUUUUGGACUUCUGUAAAGUGUUUCUUAUAUCUGGGGUUUCCUUAGAAAACUGCGUUGAAGUGGGGCGGAUUGCCAAUACGUACAACCUCACCGAAGUGGAUAAAUAUGUGAACAAUUACAUCCUCAAGAACUUUCCUGCGUUGUUAAGUACUGGCGAGUUUGUGAAACUCCCGUUUGAGCGCCUUGCCUUUGUUCUUUCGAGCAAUAGCCUUAAGCACUGCACUGAGCUGGAACUCUUCAAGGCUGCCUGUCGCUGGCUGCGGUCCGAGGAGCCACGGAUGGAAUUUGCGGCAAAACUCAUGAAGAACAUCCGGUUCCCUCUGAUGACUCCACAGGAUCUUAUCAACUACGUACAGACGGUGGAUUUCAUGAGGACUGACAACACAUGUGUGAACUUGCUCCUGGAAGCCAGCAACUACCAAAUGAUGCCCUACAUGCAGCCCGUCAUGCAGUCGGAAAGGACGGCCAUUCGCUCGGACAGCACCCACUUGGUCACGCUGGGUGGGGUGCUGCGGCAGCAGCUGGUGGUCAGUAAGGAGCUGCGGAUGUAUGACGAAAAAGCACACGAGUGGCGGUCGCUGGCACCCAUGGAUGCCCCCCGGUACCAGCACGGCAUUGCUGUGAUUGGGAACUUUCUUUACGUCGUUGGAGGCCAGAGCAAUUACGACACAAAAGGCAAGACGGCGGUUGACACUGUGUUUAGGUUUGAUCCUCGCUAUAAUAAGUGGAUGCAAGUGGCUUCUUUGAAUGAAAAGCGAACCUUCUUCCACCUAAGUGCCCUCAAAGGACAUCUGUAUGCAGUUGGUGGCCGGAAUGCAGCUGGCGAGUUAGCUACAGUGGAGUGCUACAAUCCAAGGAUGAAUGAAUGGAGCUGUAAGUGUGGCUGUACGAAUGAGCCCCACUCAUGCUUGGCGCGGGACUGGGUCUAUGGAGGCCUGGAUGUAUAUUCUUCAGGAGGCAUCACCCAUGAUACUUUCCAGAAGGAACUCAUGUGCUUCGACCCUGACACGGACAAAUGGACUCAGAAGGCUCCAAUGACCACAGUCAGAGGCCUUCACUGCAUGUGUACUGUUGGUGACAAGCUGUAUGUCAUUGGUGGAAACCAUUUCAGAGGAACCAGUGAUUAUGAUGACGUUCUAAGCUGUGAAUAUUACUCACCAACCUUAGACCAGUGGACACCAAUUGCUGCUAUGCUUCGUGGUCAGAGUGAUGUUGGAGUGGCUGUGUUUGAAAACAAAAUUUAUGUGGUUGGAGGAUAUUCGUGGAACAACCGCUGUAUGGUGGAAAUAGUUCAGAAGUAUGACCCGGAAAAAGAUGAGUGGCACAAAGUCUUUGAUCUCCCAGAAUCCCUCGGGGGCAUCCGUGCCUGUACUCUGACAGUGUUUCCUCCUGAUGACAAUACAGGGUCACCUUCUAGAGAAUCUCCUCUUUCAGCACCUUGAGAAGUAUCCCUGGACUCGCAAUGUUGUCGUUCCAAUACUGUUGCACUGCAUCAUGGGUUCUCCUUUUGUCUUCUUCUUUAGUAGUAUCUCUAAGGCUUACCCAAAAGCGGUCAACACAGUUACUAGGGAGUUGGGGGCGUAGGCAGAACAAUGAUUUUUGUUGCUUGUUCCGUUUGGUCGGGAAUAUUUCUGGAGUGGACAAAAGAACACGCUGAACAAAGUAUUUUUGGAGCCAAGUGAAUAACAAAUGAGGCAAGCAAGAUUUCUUUUUUUAAAAGAAGAAAUAUUUGCAUUAGGUACACUGAUGUUACGUUUUGGGUGUGAGGGAGGUCUAGAAAGUGGUGCCGGAAAGCGGGGCACGAGGGUCUAGGUAGGCGUGUUUGCUGAGUUGUGGAGAUCCCAGCUUUCCUUUCUUUCCUACCCUGUUGAAAGGAAGGCAACGUCGACUAGUGCAAAUCAUCUUGCCUCUGCUGCCUCCCCCUUUUAACAGAUCAUUUUUUUACCUACCUGUAUAUCCAUUGACUCUGUGGUUGCUGUUCAGGGGGUGUGGAGUUCCUAAGGCAGACAUACAGGAGAGACCCAGCAGUCUGGAAAACAGUAAAAAGUAUACAGCAGGCAGACACUGAAAUGAUAAACUAGGGUGUGGUGUUUGUGGAAUUAAAAAAAAGUUUUCUUUUUUCUGGGCCAUAAAAUAAAACAUAAAUAUGUGAAGUUUUUAAUUCUCUCCCCCCUCCCAAUUCCGCUUCAUUCAUCAUGAAAUCUUAAGGUACUCAUUCAUGGGAUUUCAUUCAUGGGAUUUUCAGUUCAGAGCUGGUUGGAUACCUGCCCCAAGUUUUAGGUAGACAAGGGCUAGAAAUGUUUAAUUUAAAGCCACUAAUUUUUGACCAGAUUCUUUCCUUUACAAUAAGUGUCUCUUUUCUCCACAUACACUCCCCCCCCCCACACACACUGGUUGGCAAGAUAAUUUGCCCAUUACACCUCUGUAUAAAAUCUCAGUUAAUGUGGUUAUUUAGCACAAAAUGCAGCUAGGGCCAAGAGCUGCUUUUGCUCAGAGAAUCCAGACUACCCUGUUUCUUUUGUUCAAUAAAACCUUUAACUGCAA